AUGCUGAGCCGACAGGAUACGUUUCCCACCGGUACUCCGUCAACUUCGAAGAAACGGGCUUCGCCCAAACAAUCAAGACAUGCUCCAGGCCCCCUCCAAGAACCACCAUCAUCAUCUCGCAAACAGCCGCAACCAAAGUCAACACCACUGCGGCCAGACAUUUUCAAGGCCCCUGGGCGCGAUGGCAUUGAAUCAAUUGAUUUGACAGGGGAGGUUGAUCGUUUCACUUCAUCGUCAGAUACUAUCUUGCUCGGUGAGCCCCGCGGUUCGUGGGCAGAAGACAGCACGCCAUGUGCAAUUCGUGAGAAACGCGGCAAGAAACGCAAGAGUGACGAAUAUACAUCCGAUCUUCUAUCACCAUCGAAACACACGGCGAAAGUGCGAACUCCCUCGAAAGCGUCCCGGUCUCCAGCUGCUAGAGACAUGUUUCCAAGAGAGCCCACACCUUCACGACACACGACACAAACGACCCACAUGAGCGCAGCGAAACAACCUGGACAUGAUCCGCUAGUUGCUCCACGCAGUAAUCGAAAGCGGAUAAUUGCAGACUCGGAUGAUGACGAGGAUUUCUUAUGCGACUGGGCUGAUGCCGAAGAUCUCGCCGAUGAAAUGGUUCUGGAUGUUGAGGAGAGCCUUUACCCAAUACUUCCUGAGAUGAGUCCAGCGGCAGAUGAAAAGAACGCCGACACCAACCAUGCGCUCUCAGAGUCUACGCCAAAAGCACCUUCGCCACCUGCGCAACCAUCGACUCAGCCCAAUAAAAGGCCCGCUGCACAAGACCCUCUUCCGUCCACCCCAUGGUCUAAACCUUUCAGUUCACAACAAAAGGAUCCGAAUGUUUCGAAGUUUUUGAACCUUGGUAGCAACGCCUUUGGACAUGCAAUUUCCAAAUUGAGGGCUACUCUGCAAAAGAAUUCCGAGAUAGUUUAUCAACAAGCCAUGGAGGGUCAGCCAAUGCCAGAAUUGAUUGCCGAGAACAAGACCCUAGUUUCUCAGAUCGAGGCAAUCGAAUUAUUACGAGAACAUCAAAAUACGCACCAGGCCAGCGUGUCUCGCAGGCAGGAUCUCAAACAGAAUUUGAUACAAGCAAUCUCACGGGGUGAAGAUCCAACCAGUAUGCCCGAAGAACUCGCGCAGAGCCGAGCAGUUGAGGCAGAGUUGGAGCAAACAGAGACAAAGAUUUCCCAGCUUCUUUCCCAAGUCGAUAUACUCGAUUUGGCACACGAUUGUCCCUCCGAUCCUACUCCCAUGGAACACACUCAGCCAGCCUCCACAGACCGCACACUCGCGCGGGAGCCACCCCCCUUUCUCUUCUUUCCAUUCUUCACGGACCGACUCAACAUCGGAACGCCACGGUGA